GCUUAAAUUCAAGCAUGGUCCAAGCUGAGAAUUGAAAAACGCCAACUUUUAAAAGUUCAAAAAAGGAGCCAAUGACCCCACUCUGCUUCACUUUACUCCAAAACUCCACUAACAGCUGCUAAUGCUAGUGCUACUAUUAACUUCAACAAAAAUAAUGUAGCUUUACCAUGUUCACAUUAUUGAUUAUUUCCAGAAUCCCAAGUAUAUUAAAAUCAUCCACCUCCAUUGAGCAAAUACUCGUUCAAUUCUCACUCUCUCAGAUAUGCUAGUGCUACUAUUCCUAGUAGCAUUCACACUCUGUUCUACGACGUCGUUCGCCCAUUCCCACUAUAACUGGUCUCCAUCUUCCACCACCACAGAGUGGCGACCAGCACGGGCCACCUACUACGCCGCCGCGGACCCACGUGACGUUGUGGGCGGCGCCUGCGGGUACGGGGAUUUGGAGAGAAACGGCUACGGUAAAUCCACAGCUGGUCUUAGCACUGUGCUGUUUGACAGGGGUCAGAUCUGCGGUGCGUGCUUUCAAGUCAGGUGUGUGGAGGACCUGCGGUGGUGCAUUCCCGGUACAUCAAUUAUUGUGACGGCGACGAAUUUUUGUGCUCCCAAUUAUGGGUUUGAACCAGAUGGUGGGGGCCAUUGUAACCCUCCUAAUGCACAUUUUGUGUUGCCCAUUGAAGCCUUUGAGAAAAUUGCUAUUUGGAAAGCUUCCAAUAUGCCCAUUCAAUAUCGCAGAAUAAAGUGCAGAAAGGAAGGAGGAGUUCGGUUCACUCUCGAUGGUGCUGGAAUAUUCUUGUCAGUUCUAAUCAGUAAUGUUGCAGGUGCAGGUGAUAUAGUGGCAGCAAAAAUUAAGGGUUCCAGAACAGGAUGGCUUUCUAUGGGUAGGAAUUGGGGCCAAAACUGGCACAUCAAUGCUGAUCUGAAGAAUCAGCCACUUUCUUUUGAGAUUACUAGUAGUGAUGGAGUCACAUUGACAUCUUACAAUGUUGCUCCCAAGAACUGGAAUUUUGGUCAGACCUUUCAAGGCAAGCAGUUUGAAACAUAAACGUCCACUAGAAUUAUAUCUGUUGCUGAGCUUAGGAUUGGUUGAAGUUGGGUGGCAAUGUCAAGGCACUUUUGUGCUUGUUCAUGUUGGGCAAGCGACUGCCAUAUUAAUAUCAAGAGUGCAAAGCUGUGCACGGCGGAUGUGGUGUAAUAGAUAUGGUUCAUCCGAACCCAAUAGCUUUAGCUCUGACCUUGUACAUGCAUUAAAAGAUUCACUCUAUUAAUGCAUAUAAUAGAUUUCAAACCCAGUUACUCAAAUGGACUAUUGUAAAGUUCGAACUCGAGCCCAUAAAGUUCAAAUCCUAGUUUUGCCUGUCAAGUUGUGUGAUG